GUUGGCGUUGUGUUUAGUGUUGGUGUUGGCGUUGGUGGUGUGUCUUGUCUAAGUGUCUAACCAGACGGAAGGCGACAAUGCUUCAGGGUGUGGGGGUAGGAACACCGUUUAGACAGCGCGAUCUAUAAUCACUGGAAAGAGUAACAGCUGAUCCGGGAAUUGCUGGCGAGCUUGUUGAGGUCGUGCCGUGUCGGGAGAUGAGUGUAUAGAGAAAGUCACAGCAAAAUGUGGAUGUCAGAUAGGCCGUCGAGGCGAAAUCUCGGGUCGCCGCACAGAGCAAGAGUUAUUUCAGCUCUACCGAGAAUCUGGCGUCGUCCUGAUCCAGGAUCUUUUUGUUGAUUCUGGACGUGGUGAUAUGUGGUUUGCGACUGCGAUGAGCGAGGUAGAGAGAUCUUGGAGUUUUUUGGUUUUUUUUUACUUGACUGCGCUAUCAGAUAAGAAGGGGACCCACUGGCCCACCGAGACGAUUCACUACAGCCACUUACAGCGUUCCAUUUUCAAUGCCCACUUGGGACCGGGAAAUAGUACCUCCGAAUGGGUGACAUCGCUGCUCUCGGUGAACCUGGAAACGAAUACGUACCUGGUUGACGGCUGAGAUAGCAUCACCUUGGAACUUGGCCUACUGUAGCCGCGUAACACACACAACGUCAACGGAUUUUCCUUUCGGCCGCGUCCAACACAACCAGUUGCUUCGCCGCUUACGACUCGAUCUUCCCUCUAUACCCGAUCAAAUAUCCUUCAUCUCCCCACGGGGAACUUACGUCGCCGACAUCGCCGCAUAGCUCGUCCUCUCCAAUUCCAUAAACACCAUCGCCCAAGAUGCCGACCGCCGGCCUCAAGACUAUCAUCGCCCUCUCCUUCGUCCUCGCCGUCGGAUUCCUCCUUGUUAUUCUCUCCUGCGCUCUGUGGAAGGUGUAUUAUCCUCUCCUCGUCGUCGCCACCUAUGUCAUUGCGCCUAUUCCCAACUGGAUCUGCGGACACUGCGCCAACCCGGAUGACUUCGUUGAGAGCUCUGGCGCUGCGGUUCUAGACUUGGGACGCUUCUUUACAGGUUUCUUUGUUGUUAUGGGAAUUGCUCUCCCUGUCGUCCUUGCUCACUCUGGUCUCAUCGAGGUGCAAGCCAUGGUCAUGUCCAUAAUCGGCGGUCUAUUGAUCUACGGAACCAUUGUCAGCUUCGGCAUGUUUUUCCACGAGGAACAAGAUUUCUGAAUGCGCGCGCAAUACGGUGUCGCAUAAACCAGAAACACGCGGAGUUACUGAAACAAAGACGGAUACAGAAUGUUUCGUUUCAGGAAGAGGAGGAUAAUCGCUAGUAUAAAGCCUGUAUAACGCGUGUAUGAUCACAGAAGACAAAGGAGUCGCAUGGGCAUUCAGCGGGGUCUUAACGUCAGUCUCGGCUAUUCGCAAGGAAUACUUGGGCUUCAGGACGGCAAAGGAAGGUUAUAGUCGGUCGUCAAAGGUGUCCUUGUUUAUGAGGAAUAUAUCGUAUCAUCUUCUGCUAUGUUCCGGAUGUUUUGCCCUAUCCCAUCCGUCUAUGUUGUUGAAUUCCAAACCAAAAACUCCGACUAUGUGUACGUUGAGGUAUCAUGUCCAAAGUCAAAUACUGUGCCUGUCCAUCCAUCUGAUCCAAUCUGGCCUCUUCAUUGAGAUCCAAGCUAUGCCGCGUCUCUAAACACACCCAUAGGACCGGCAAGUUUGGUAAACAUCUCGUCCCUUUCACCUUCAGGGGUACUCAGGAUUGUUACCGCACCUCCAGCUCCAAUUCUCCAAACUUCUCUGGGCUCUGUCUCGCCCUCUUCCGCUGGUGCCACCUCAUCGUCCCAUCGAAACAUGGUUCGGAUAGUGACACUCCAGUCUCCUGCACCUGCGACAUCCAUAUAUCCCACAACACCAGAGUAGAGACUUCGCUCAUGCUGGCCCUCAAUGAUUUGUAGAAGCUCACAGCUGCGCUUUUUCGGCGCCCCUGUCAUACUUCCAGGAGGUAAAGCCGCAGCAAGGGCAUCCAGACCGGUAUAAGGGCAGUGGGAGUCAAAGCUGCUUCGGCGAGCGCCAUGAGGCUUGUUUCCAUUGCGGCCUGGUAGUUGCCCAUUGACCACAGUGAUCAUCUGGAAGACCGUGGCAUAUUCCUCCACCUUCAUGAGGUCAGGAACUGUAACAUGGCCAACGCCACAGACACCGUGCAAAUCAUGUCGAACCAGAUCGACAAUCAUGAGGUUCUCAGCCACUUCCUUGGGCACGUGAAGGAUCUUCUCGGCUUGUGCGAGGGUUGACACAGCUUCUGACUUGCGAACUGUUCCCUUCAUGGGUCUCAUUGAGCAUAGUCCGUUGGUGUCGUAUCGGAGGAAACGCUCAGGAGAACAACUUAGCAUUGUGGCGCCACCUAGACGAAUGAAAGAUCCAAAAGGAGCUGGCUGUCGCUUCCUCAACGUCUGAUAUAUGGUCCAAGGGCUUCUCUCGUUGUUUCUUGAACGAGGCCUUGCCAUGGUCGUUUGCGAUGUGAGACAAAGUUCGUAAGACUCACCCGCUGCAAUGAAAUCCUGGCAAACACGAACUUGCUCUUCAUACCUGUCCGGCUGUGGUGUUGUGAUAUUGAUUUCCUUGUUCUGGGCACGGUUUUCAAUGACAUGCCCAUUGGCUCCGUUGCUCAUCUUGAUCGCAUUCCAACAGUCGGACUGUUGAAUUCUUUCCGUCAUCCUAUCAAGCCAUGAAUCGUUUGAUCCUCGAGCCUUCAGGUUUUGAACAUAUGCAACGCCAGCUCUGUGAUCUAGAACAAUGCUCUUCGUUACCCAAGCUAGACAAAUGUCUGGUCUCUUGUGGCCCCUAUCUUCCGGGACCAUCUUCUUCUCAAGGCCGUGUAGUCCCAUCUCAUAGGUGAUGAAACCCAUGAAACCGCCCUUGAAAGCUGAAUUUGAACAGUCAUAUCCAGGAGGAUGGCUUCGCGUCUCCCAGAAGUCUGAGAUGACCUCCCAUACAUUAAUUGUGCUGUUUUCGAGGCUUAUCAUCUCGGUUUUGUCCUUUCCGUCUGUACUCGGGUGUCGUACUGUAACAUAGUCGUCGCAUACGUUGUACUCGAACCGCAGUGCAUCGUCAACUUCGAGAGCCACGAUGCUGUUCAAUGCCAGCGCAUCUCCGUUCUUAGAACUCGACGAGUCAAGGAUAACGGUCUCUCCCUUUUCCAGCCCCAGCAUCUCCACGAGUUCCGGCACGCCAGCUCCCUGAGGCAGGGUAAUUGUGCGAUAUGUGUAUUCUGAUCCCCUCGCAAAGUCUCUCAACGAAAUUUCCGAUGAGUUUGAAGUCGACCACCAAUUACCCAAGUGUACCUUAUGCGCAGCUGCAGACUCCAGAUGAUUCGGCGGCGAAAGUGUCUGAAUCUCUAGUAAAGGUCCCUGCACUCGCCGUCCGCGGUACUUGUUCCAUUGCAGCGCAGCUUGGAACCAGUUAAUGAGUACUCCCUGCGCAUUCUUCUCCGUGCAGACAGACUCGGGGUGGUAUUGAAGGCCCCAGAAUGGCUUCUUGUUGUGUCUCACUCCUUGGAGGAUCUGUUCCCUUCGUCCAUCCUCUCUAAACUCUGUUGCCCACGCCAAUGGUGAAAACUCCGAAGUCGACCUCCACCGGUUUUCUUCUGCCCAGUCAUCGCUGUAUUGACCAAUAUCAACACAAAGACUGUGGUAUAGAGUAGCCUUGAAGGGGGGUACUCCGCAGAAUAUGUCUUCUCCGCGAUGCUCAAUUUCCCUUACUAUUCCAUGAAGACCCCUCUUGAGUCUUCUCACUGACCCGCCGUGCGCAGCGAGCAAACUCUGAAAUCCAAGACAAAUACCCAAAACUGGUAGCUGAAGAUGUUCAGGGAGAUCCCAAAGAAGACUGAAUGCCCCAACGUCUUCUGAAUUAAGCGGUGAUCCGGGGCCGGGGCCGCAAACUACGGCGUCGAAUUGAGCAAGAUUAUUGAUAAACUCUUGCUCGGUCCAUUUUGUAGGUGCAUCAUCGUCGCUGGCUCUGUCAACCACAGAGAGGUCGAUUCUUAUGACGAAGAUAUCAGCGCCGACAAUAGUUCGGAGAAGGGAGACGAUAUUGUUGGUAAAAGAAUCAUAGGCAUCAAUAAAAAGAAUCCGCUUCGGCGCUCCAACCGAGGGCUCUGGGCCUGUAGUCAUAGUCCAGAAUUAUCUCAAAAGUAUUAGGAGGGUCUGAUUGAGGGAGAAUGGUCCAGAUUGAAGCCUGGGUCAGUAGAUGAGAACAAAUUCCGAUAAGCUUCGUCUUCGGCGUCCGAUAUAAAAAUCCAAAAUCUUUGCCGCUACAAGCCGGAGCUGACUCGGGAUAUGAGCCGUUGAGUUAAGUUAUAAAGCCACACUGCACGGCACAUGCGGACGUUGAUUAUCAGGUGAUCGGACAAUCCAGAGAGUAAAGAGUACAUCAAAGUUUAACUCGUUGAUGUGAAAUUUGGGGCAUUUUCUCGUUAUUC